GUGCCUCCUUCGGUCCAUUACCUGCGGGAGGAGCGCUGACCAUGGCUCCUUGGCCCGAGCUGGAAAAUGCCCAGCCCAACCCCAAUAAAUACCUGGAAGGGGUCACCAGUCAGCAGCCCACCACACCUGGGAAAGGCAAGGAGACCAACAAAAAUGACACCGGAAGUCCUGUGACCAAGAUUGAACUUCUGCCAUCCAAUUCCACUGUGGCACUGAUAGAGGAGCCCACCGAGGUGGCAGACCCCUGGGACCUGCCUGAGCUUUGGGAUACUGGGAUCAAGUGGUCAGAGAGAGACACCAAAGGGAAGAUUCUCUGUGUCUUCCAAGGAAUUGGGAAAUUUAUUUUGCUUCUGGGAUUUCUCUACUUCUUCGUGUGCUCCUUGGAUGUCCUCAGCAGUGCCUUCCAGCUGGUUGGAGGAAAGGUGGCUGGACAGUUCUUCAGCAAUAACUCCAUUAUGUCCAACCCCGUGGCUGGGCUGGUGAUUGGCGUGCUGGUGACCGUCCUGGUGCAGAGUUCCAGCACCUCCUCGUCCAUCGUCGUCAGCAUGGUGGCUUCCUCACUGCUGAGUGUGCGUGCAGCCAUCCCCAUUAUCAUGGGGGCCAACAUUGGGACCUCAAUCACCAACACCAUUGUGGCGCUCAUGCAGGCGGGAGACCGGAAUGAGUUCAGAAGGGCUUUUGCAGGAGCUACUGUCCAUGACUUCUUCAACUGGCUGUCUGUGUUGGUGCUCUUGCCCCUGGAGGCAGUCACCCAUUACCUGGAGAUCCUGACCGACCUGGUAGUGGAGACCUUUAACUUCAAGAAUGGAGAAGAUGCCCCAGCACUUCUGAAAGUCAUCACAGACCCCUUCACCAAGCUCAUAAUCCAGCUGGAUAAGAAGGUUAUCAGCGAAAUCGCAAUGAAUGAUGAAGCUGCCAAAAACAAGAGUCUGAUCAAGAUUUGGUGCAAAACUUUGACCAAUGUUACUCAAAUGAAUGUCACUGUCCCUUCGCCUGAGAACUGCACCUCGCCUUCCCUUUGUUGGUCGGAUGGUUUGUACACCUGGACUAUCAAGAACGUGACCUCCAAGGAGAACAUUGCCAAGUGCCAGCACAUCUUUGUGAAUUCCAACCUCCCGGACCUUGUCGUUGGCACCAUCCUGCUGUUAGUCUCCCUGCUGGUCCUCUGCGGCUGCCUGAUCAUGAUUGUCAAGCUCCUGGGCUCGGUGCUCCGGGGACAGGUGGCCAUUGUCAUCAAGAAGACUCUCAACACUGAUUUUCCAUUUCCCUUUGCCUGGGUGACCGGCUACCUGGCCAUCCUCGUGGGGGCAGGCAUGACCUUCGUCGUGCAGAGCAGCUCCGUGUUCACAUCCGCUAUGACCCCACUGAUCGGUAUUGGUGUGAUCAGCAUCGAGAGGGCGUACCCGCUCACGCUGGGCUCCAACAUCGGUACCACCACCACCGCCAUUCUGGCUGCCUUGGCCAGCCCUGGCAAUACCCUGAGGAGCUCACUGCAGAUCGCCCUGUGCCACUUCUUCUUCAACAUUUCGGGCAUCCUGCUAUGGUACCCGAUCCCCUUCACCCGCCUGCCCAUCCGCCUGGCCAAGGGCCUGGGCAUUGUCUCCGCCGAGUACCGCUGGUUUGCCGUCUUCUACCUGAUCUUCUUCUUCUUCCUGACCCCGCUGGCCGUGUUCGGCCUCUCGCUGGCCGGCUGGCCGGUGCUGGUGGGCGUGGGCGUGCCGAUCAUCUUCGUGAUCCUCCUGGUGGUGGUCCUCAAUCUCCUGCAGUCGCGCUGCCCGCGCAUCCUGCCCGGAAGGCUCCAGAACUGGAACUUCUUGCCGCUGUGGAUGCACUCGCUGAAGCCCUGGGACGACCUGAUCUCGCUGUUCGCCGGCUGCUGCCAGAACCGCUGCUGCCUCUGCUGCCGGCUCUGCUGCCGUACGUGCUGCCUGUUGUGUGGCUGUCCGCCGUGCUGCCGCUGCAGCGGCUGCUGCCAGAACCUCGAGGAGGAGCCUGAGCUGCCCAUCAAGGUCCCCGAGGCCUUUGAUAACGUGGCCAUGAGCCGGGAGGCCCCGGAUGGGCCCCCGCAGGCUCAGGGGGAGGCCGGGGGCACCAGAAGCACCGCUAGCAGCACCGCCUUGUAG